GAGCCGGGCGCAGACCGGAGCCUGAGCGGGGAGCGCAGGACACCGCGUGCCCAGGCUGGGACCCAGCAGCGACCCGCGCAGCCGGGACCCCCCUUCCCGCCUCCAGCUCCGUGCGCCCCCGGCGAGGGGCGCGGAGAGCGGGUGCCAUGGACGGCGCAGCGUCCGGGGCGCUGGGUCCCCAGCCGGAGCCGCCGGUGGGAGCCGGACAGGGCGCGGGGGAGGCUGCCCCGGAGCCCGCCGCCCCCCAGAAGCCCCCUUACUCGUACGUGGCGCUGAUCGCCAUGGCCAUCCGGGAGAGCCCGGAGCAGCGGCUGCCGCUGAGCGGCAUCUACCGGUACAUCGUGGGGCGCUUCCCCUACUACCGGCUGGGCCAGAAGGGCUGGCAGAACAGCAUCCGCCACAACCUCAGCCUCAACGCCUGCUUCCUCAAGGUGCCCCGGGAGCGGGGCGCCGAGCGCAAGGGCAGCUACUGGACCCUGGACCCGGCCUUCCACGACAUGUUCCAGCAGGGCAACUACCGGCGCCGGCGGCGGGUCAAGAGACCCCAGCGGGCCCCCCUGGGGGGGCCCGGCCCGGCCCCCGCCUGCCUCACCUGCCAGGAGCUGCCCUACCACCUGCCCCACCAGAGCCCCCCGGCCGCCUACCUGGUGGGCAGCGCCUGGGCGUCCCCGGGGCAAGCCCCGCCGAGCUGCCCCCCGUGCACGGUGCCCCUGAGCGGCUACGGCCCCUACCCGCGGCUGCUGCUGCCCGGAGGGGUGGCGCAUCAGCAGCUGAGCCCUGCGACGGGGGGGCCCGGCUGUCUUUACCAGCAGCCCCCGGAGCUACCCUUCAUGCGUUACUGGGGGGAGCAGGAGAGAUCCUACGGCGCCUUGCCCGCCGGCAUAGACCUGUGAUUCCUUGGCCGUCGGACAGGAGCGGGCAGUGGGUCUCCCCUUCCCCCUGCUUCUACUCUGAGCCUUGCGGGGAGCCCAGGCUGCGUUUGGAUUGAUAACGGGGACCCCUCCCUUGUCAAGGCAAUAACGGAAGGGGUGUCACAGGCAGGCGAGAUUUGAUGCGCGCUGCCUCUAAAGAUAAAUCGUUGAAAGGUUUUGGGGGAGCCUCGCUGGAGGAAGAGGGUGCAAAUUCGGUUGAAAGGGGAACAACGCUUUUGAAAAGAGGCGCCACAGCGGAAUGGACUUUGGGAGUGAACCUGUACUUCCCUUGGAGGAACUGGGACAGUACCCCAUUAAGAUUUGUGUUUACAUUGAUAAACUUCGAAGUUCAAAUGAAUACAGUGAGGUGUGAGUUUCACCCUGCAGCUCUAACUCUCCAAAUGGAUUCUUCUCCGGGCAGAGGAUCCUAGAGGAUAUUAUUUGUUCUGCAAAACUAGACCCUAAUAUUUUAGAAAUUCCCUGUCUGCAAAGUAUUUGAAAUAACUAAUUUGGGAUCAAAACUUUCUUGUUCCAAGGAAACAAUGACGCGUUUCAGACAUGUUCCCUGUUAGUUAUAUAGUUAUUGUAGAAGGUGUAAUGUGUUGUUUGAGUCAGAAUAGUGUUAACAUUUUCAGAGACGUUUAUUUGUGAAAUCCGCUUUAAUUAAAGAAGCAUCAAGGACAAUAGAUUUGAAAACGGUUGGUUGAUUGGUACAUCUGUUAGGAAUUAAAAACCCAUCUAUAUUCUUUUGGUUUAUUGAAGUGAUUUAAAGUAUGCUGCCUUGUUCAUUCUUUCCGGUGGCUCAUGAGAAACGUGAAUUCUCCACUGCAUAACCGUUGUUUCUUUUAUUGUGUUAAAUUCAGUGGUACUAGUGAAACUGGAAAUGCCUGACCUUGGGCUGUUAAGUGAAAGCAAAAGAAGUUGAUCAACUGACAUUCCAUUUUUAAGUCAAGUCUGAGAAAUUGUUUUGGGAACUGAAAGUAAUGUGCCAUCAUUUUAAAAAGUGAAAUGUAGUUACUUUCUGGAAAAUACUUUUUGCAAAUGUCCUUCAAAACUUGAUUACUGAACUUUUUUUUUUUUUUUAAGCACUAUGUAAAGGAAUACCUUUUUUUUUUUUUUUUUUUUUUU